AAAACAUAUACUUUAGACCAGGAAAUAAAUUACAAAAAAAAAAGAUUUGCAAUGUUGCGAUCUUUUUCAUAACUUGUCUUAAAACUCUUCUUGCCAUGUCUCAUCGAAAGUUCCGAGCACCCCGUCAUGGCUCACUUGGGUUUCUGCCUAGAAAACGUACGAAACACCACCGCGGCAGAAUCAGAAAAUUCCCACGGGAUGACAAGACAAAGCCUGUGCACUUGACUGCAUUUAUGGGCUACAAAGCCGGAAUGACACACGUGGUGAGAGAGGUUGAGAGACCAAACUCAAAACUUCAUCACAAAGAGACGUGUGAGGCUGUGACAAUCCUGGAAACUCCGCCUAUGGUUGUGAUCGGAUUAGUGGGCUACAAGCGCACUCCCAAGGGUCUGCGAGCGAUAACGACGGUGUGGGCACAUCAUAUCUCUAAUGAUGCAUUGCGCCGUUUUUACAAGAACUGGUACCGAUCUAAGAGAAAGGCAUUUACCAAGUAUACGAAGAAGUAUGAUCCAGAGAUGAAGGCGAAGACGAUUGACAAGGAUAUCGAGAGGAUCAAAAAGCAUGCCUCUGUGGUUCGUGUAAUUGCACACACACAAAUUCGAAGGUUGAAUUUGAAGCAAAAAAAGGCGCAUAUGUUGGAAAUUCAGGUCAAUGGCGGAACGAUAGAACAGAAAGUAGAUUUUGGGAUAAAGUAUUUCGAGAAGCAUGUAGACGUUGGAUCUGUAUUUGCAGAAGGAGAAAUGAUUGAUGUGCUUGCCGCGACUAAAGGAAAAGGAUUUGAGGGCGUGACCAAACGUUGGGGAACUAAACGACUUCCUAGAAAGACUCAUAAGGGUCUGCGAAAAGUUGCCUGCAUUGGUGCCUGGCAUCCUGCUAGAGUGUCUUACACCGUUGCGAGAGCUGGUCAACACGGCUAUAAUCACCGAACUGAAAUGAACAAGCGUAUAUAUCGUAUUGGGAAAGGAGACGAUCCUUGUAACGCAUCUACGGACUAUGACAUUACCAAGAAACAAAUCACUCCAUUGGGUGGAUUUCCUCAUUACGGAAUCAUUAGGCAUGACUUCUUAAUGCUCAAAGGUUGUGUUCCUGGUGUCGUUAAGCGUGUCAUAACCCUUCGAAAAUCUAUGUUUGUACCUACCAAACGCUCCGCCUACGAGCCCAUUAACUUGAAGUGGAUCGACACGUCUUCGAAGCACGGUCAUGGAAUGUUCCAAACCGCGCAAGAAAAGGCCAGAUUUUUGGGUCCAUUGAAGCGCAACUUGAACCAAGAAGCUUAAUAAACUUUCUUACUUGAUUCAUUCUCCCUUUAACGUAAAA